UGUGCGUCAAGCGGAAGCUUGCGGCGCGGAUUCUUUCUAGAAAUUUGUAGCAUUACAUCGCUAGCUCAGGUUUUGGAGGCACAGCUGUGUUUGUCGGUUUUAAAUUACUGUUCUCAACAUAAACACACAUUUCUGAGGCGCACACCGAUCUAGAAGCGUGUGCCUUUCCCCCGGUCAAUCCUCUGGUUAUCUUCGUGUAGCACUCAAACUCUUUUCGGGGCUAACGCACUUAGCUGGCGGCAUGUCCAGGAUAGAUUACAGCGUCUGGGACCACAUCGAGGUAUCAGACGAUGAAGAUGAUAUCCACCCAAACAUCGACACACCCAGCCUCUUUAGAUGGAGACACCAGGCUCGUGUGGAGCGAAUGGAAGACUUUAAUAAGCAGGGUGACGAAUUGACCAAAGGACUCAAUGAAAGUCGGCGUAAGCUGGCAGAGACGCAGAAAAAAAUCAAAGAGCUGAGCCUUGCAGCGUCAGAAGAUGCCAAGAAAGAUCUGAGCAAAGUCCAGGCUGAAGAGAAGAAACAGAAAAAAGAGGAGCGAGAUUGGGAGAAGAAGUUGGCGGAACAUAACCGGGAUGAGAAGAAAAUGCCAUGGAACGUGGACACACUCAGCAAGGAUGGGUUCAGCAAGAGUGUCGUCAACAUCAAACCUACAGCUUCCGAGGAGACCGAAGAGGAAAAAGAGCAAAAGCAUAAAACCUUUGUAGAAAAAAAUGAGAAGCAGAUCAAACAUUUCGGCAUGUUGCGACGCUGGGAUGACAGCCAGAAGUAUCUCUCUGACAAUCCUCAUCUUGUAUGUGAAGAAACCGCUAACUAUCUUGUCAUCAUGUGCAUUGACCUUGAAGUUGAAGAGAAACACGCGCUGAUGGAGCAGGUGGCUCAUCAGACCAUCGUCAUGCAAUUCAUUUUAGAGUUGGCCAAAAGCCUCAAAGUGGAUCCCCGUGGUUGCUUUCGUCAGUUUUUCGCCAAGAUUAAGACGGCAGAUCAACAGUACCAAGAUGCUUUCAAUGAUGAGCUGGAGUCGUUCAAGGAGAGGGUUCGGGGAAGAGCGAAGAUCCGCAUAGAAAAGGCUUUGAAGGAAUACGAGGAAGAGGAGAAAAGUAAGCGCAUGGGCCCUGGAGGGUUGGAUCCUGUUGAAGUAUACGAGUCCCUGCCAGCUGAGAUGCAGAAGUGCUUUGAUGACAAGGACAUCCAAAUGUUACAAGAUGCCAUUAGCAAAAUGGACCCGACGGAGGCGAAGAUUCACAUGAAGAGGUGCAUCGACUCAGGUCUUUGGGUCCCGAACUCCAAAACUGACGACGGUGAUGAAAAAGAGGACGACCCCACCUAUGAGGAGGUUAAACCAGAGCAGGAAGAAACAAAGAAAGACUGACCAGCGUUGACUAACUUAAUUCUUCUUUUCAAAUGUAUUUACCCCCUGUAAUGCAACCUCAUGUGUAUGAAUAGUUUGCCUCUCAACAACACACCUUCAAAAGAUUUUAGCAGCGAUUUAAGGGAUUGAUACUCACUAAAAGUACUCAACUAUUUUGCAGCGGUAACCUUUGCUUGGGUGUUUGGGUGUGACUGUGUUCUUUCAUCUAUUUGUAAACAGUUGCCAACUUGUCUGCUUUAUUUGUGUUGGUAUAUAGUGUUCAGGUUCACGCUUCCCUGUUUUCUUUCUUUCUUCUUUUUAAAAAUUCAUUUAAUAAUGUAAGAUUUUCUGUCAACACAUCAUGAGUGUAUAUGAUGUGAAAUGGCACUGUGAAUGAAAC